AUGGAGGGUUGGACCGGGAAAUAUGUUGACCCAAAGAAGGCAGCAAAUAGCUGGAGGCCUAAGUCUGGUUCAAUGUCGCCCGGCUUACGCCGCGCUCGUCAACCAUUUCUCGUAAAGAACACAAUCACCGGUAUCCUCUUAGGGGCCUUUGCAGUCGGUGUUUAUGCCUACUCUAUCAGAGCUGUGAAGCAGGAUGACUUUGAUGAUAUCGAUGAAGAAGUCAAAGCGAAACCAGAGAAAGAACGGCAGGAGAGAGAGGGAGAUAGGAUAAUGCAGGGUGUACUCAGUCUGGACGAGGAAAAAGAAGUUAUGAACAAGGCCGCUGCUUUUGUCGUCAAUCGUGCGCGAGCUGGAACUUCAACCGGUGCAAGCCACACCACAUUGGGGGAUGUUGAUAUCGCGCGUUCAAUAGUGGACGAGAUUGUUACUGAACAUGUAACGGCCACAACGACGCGAUAUCCAGGAUUAUUGGUGGGCUCGACGUUGGACACACGCUUCCCAUGGCUUCUUGAUCCAAUUGGGAAGACAUUGGUAUGGGGAGCCCCGCCCAUAGAUCACCUGGGCAGAGUGUGGCAGCGAAGGUCGUGA